AUGGUCUAUCGCUCAGGGCAAUUGGUCCGGACAGCAGCCCGGACCGUCUCCUUCGUCCCUCGCCGAACGUUGACUUCGACAGCCGUCCGUUACGCUUUGAAGGAUGGCGAAAGCAAAAAGCCGACCGGCUGGUUCUCUUCCUUGAAGAACGCGUUCAUGGGAGAUUCCAGUCAAAAACCCAAAGUCACCCACCGACCCUCGGCCCCUAAGAAGGAAGAAGGUGCUUUAGGGAGCUCCAUCUUCGGAUCAGAUUUCACCGCACCAGCAUCGGGUCCCAUGCCAUCCCGGCCGAAGGAUGGACCAAAAGAAAUCGCCUCCGGAAAGCUAGAGGACCGCGACUUGAGCCGCCUGCAAGUGGGACUGGGUCCCGACCCCAAGGCCCAGCUGCGGUGGGAGAGGAAGAUGGUUGUCCGCGAGAUCCGGAAACGAGGCCGUGUACCGACAAAGGUGCAGAUUAAGCGCACAGAGCGCGAGUCACUUUCCAAAUCCCACUGGAUCAAGACCUCGCUGAAGAAGCUGGGUCCUCUGGCCCGCCAAAUCGCUGGCAAGAAUAUCGACGAAGCCAUCCUCCAGAUGCGCUUCAGCAACAAAAAGGCCGCCAGGGACGUGCUGGAACAUCUGGAACACGCAAAGAACGUCGCCGUGGUCCGUGCCGGCAUGGGCCUUGGCCUUGAUGCUCCCAAGUCCGAAUCACCGAAACCCCUUACUGUCAUACUCAAGACUGGCGAACGGCAUAAGAUUGCCAAUCCCACUGACAUCUACAUCCAAGAGGCCUGGGUCAAUCGUGGUCCCUAUGGAUAUGAGAUGGAUCACCGCGCCCGCGGUCAGAUCAACCGCCUACGUCCCCCUACCACAAGCAUCUCAGUCCUGUUGAAGGAAGAGAAGACUCGCAUCCGCGAGUGGGAGGACCGUGAGGCGAAGGCCCAGCGGGAGCGCAGGUCUCAGCUCUGGACACAACUGCCUGAUCGCAAGAUCUCCGCGCAGAACCAGUACUACAGCUGGUGA